AUGAGCGCGACUCCUCGCUUGCGGUCUGGGUUUCCAGCAACCCCAGCUACCGUUCCACGACGACAAAACCUCCAAGAGACGCCUUCCACAGUCGGCACUGUUUCGUCCAAUGGCAAUUCUGCCAAAUCGCCUACGCUCCCUCUCGCCCCCGAAAACAACACUGCGCGUCGAGUUGCGAGCGACCCUCUUAUUCCUCUAACCUUCCUUGAUGCUCCCCAGCAGCGUCUAUAUGCCCUCGCUGUAUACGUGCUGCUGUGGGCCUGGAAGCUCUAUGACUGGCUUCAAGUCAUAGAAGACGGCGACUCGUCUUGGUGGUUGUUUAUAAAGUGGAUUUUUAUCGACUUUGCUUUCCUCUUUGGGUUGCCUGAGCUCAGGAUACCAUGGCUUGAGCUCUCGCAAUUUAUAGUCACCACCCUCUUUGCUGGGCAUGUCGUCUUCAAUUACAUGUUGAUGUUCAAUAUUCCCCUACCAUGGCAGACCUGGCUCCUCGGCUUUGCCAAGGUCUUGUACGAUCGCGAAAUCUCCAUUUCCGAGCACAACGUAAAGAUCUCGAGCAUUUUGAACAAUCACUCGUUAAUAAUGGGCAAACAAAUCAUCAACAUUCUCCCCGAAGGCUCUGCCGUGUUAAACCCGGACAUGCUACCUUACUGUCUGAAUCGAAAGGACAAGACUGGCGCCUCACUACCAAUCUAUUUUAAUGCCACCGUGCCCGCCGAGAUUGAACUGAUUCGUAUCGAUCUUGAUACCAACAAGGAGGAAACAAUCAAGAUCCCCACUCGCGAAGUCAACAAGGUUGCAAGAGCCAUUCGUGAUCACAAUGCUGACCCGACUGCCGACGGGUUCAGCUGGCUGUAUGUCGUCAAGAAACCCGGUGUUUAUCGGCUGGGCAAAGUCUUGGACCAGUACAAACUCGAAGUUCAGCGCGCCGCCAAGGAAACUUAUGUUGUUCCCUGCCCACAGGCCAAGAUUCGAGCCUCUGAGUCCUCCCAGCGAUGUAUUCGCGACCUGUCUGACCUAUCUCUUGAAGUUAUGGGCACCCCGCCACUCAAGAUCAAAUAUAGUCGUUCUGUCAACGGCAUAAACCACGAUUUCCGAUUCCAAAGCCUGCAGCCGGACGGCUUUGCGUCACCUCUCAUCACUGGCGCAAACGCGGCUGCCGUCUCUGCUGCUGAUGACUUUUCGUGGGCACGCCCUGCCACAGUCACUGUCGGCCUCAACGAGUCCCUCACCAACCCCGGAGAAUGGGAGUAUUCAGUUGACGAAGUCCACGACGCAUUUGGAAAUGAGGUCAAGUACGCCAAGGAGGGCGAGGACGUUGAUGUCGCCAACUCAAAGGGCCUCACUCAGAAGUUCACCGUGAGAGAGCGGCCGAAAAUUCGCAUGGAUGGUUGUGACCUUCGAAAGCCAAUCAAGGUAGCUAAAGGACGAGCUGCAUCCCUGCCUAUUUCAUUCAGUCUCUCUGGCUCCAUCAAAGACACAUCACACGAAAUCAGCUGGGAAUUUUCGCCCAUUGACACCCUGACUAACAGCGGGGACCACGGCAGCGAAGCUACAAUAUUCCGCCAUUCAGCAAAGAAUUCCAGAGACCGCCCCUUCGUAUCUGAAGCUGGACUGUACACGCUCAAGUCGGUGACUAGUGGCUCUUGUGAAGGUGAAGUAGACGAGCCAUCAUCUUGUUUGCUGCUCAACCCCCUGGAACCCCAUCUAUCUAUUCGUUCCGAAGACAUACCUGAUAAGUGCGCCGGCAACUCCAUUGGUCUUCGUGUUGACAUUGACCUUGUGGGCACUCCUCCGUUUGAUAUCCACUACGAUAUCAUCUCAGACGGCCCUCCCGAACACAAGACCUUGCGUGUGCCCGGCUUGCGCUCACAGCUUGAGCUUAUCCCUAAGAAGGCCGGCCGACACAAGUAUGUAUUCACGUCGAUAAGUGACGCGGUGUAUAUUGGCCUGCCCCUAUCGGGUCAAGACACAAUCCUUGAACAGGUUGUCAAGCCAGCUGCUUCAGCCAGGAUUGUCCACCCACGCGACACCAUAAAUGCUUGUCUAGAUUCCGAAGUCGAGAUAGAUGUCGCUCUUAAUGGCGACGCCCCUUUCAACCUUGAAUGGGAAAUUGUCCACGAUGGCAAACGCAAAACAGAGCGUGCAAGCAAUCUAGAAGACAACAUGUUCAAGAUCAAGACGCCGGUGCUUGCGAAAGGCGGAGAUUAUAUUCUCGCUCUUAGCAGUGUGCAGGACAAACGUGGGUGCCGCACCUUCCUGCAAGAACAAAUUAAAAUUACAGUCCGACGUCAACGACCACGUGGCGGGUUUGGCUUGAUAGAGCAGAAGAGUUCUAUCUUGGCUGUUGAAGAUACAUCCCUGCAACUUCCGCUACGACUUCAGGGUGAAUCCCCUUGGACAAUCCGAUAUCGAAAUUUGAAUGAAUCUGGGAGCGAGCUUUUCAAAACUGCCAUCGCCCCAAACGACCACCUAGUCGUCAAGUCUCGGGGUGUAUAUAAAAUCCUCGAGGUACAUGAUAGCCAGUGCCGAGGCACUGUAGACAAGACCGCAUCUACAUUCCAGGUGGACUGGUUUCCUCGACCGGAGAUUUCACUUAUUCAAACCGAAAGCAUCACAAGCGCCAAGGACGCAUUCAUCAAGCAGGAUGUAUGCGAGGGUGAUAUUGAUGGAUUCGAAGUCAAGCUCCAAGGAUCACCCCCGUAUCAUGUGUCGUACGAACUGGAGCACAGAUCUCAGCAGGGCUCCCAUUCUAAAAGCCCGAGGAAUUUUGACGCCGCACUAUCCAAGGCGUCGAUAUCCAUGGACACUAGCAAGGCUGGUGACUACGCGUACAAGUUUGUUGGACUAGCAGAUAAUCUUUAUAACAGUGACAAGAAGCUGCGGCCACUUGUGGUACAGCAGCGCGUUAACGCCAGGCCGACGGCGGUUUUCUCCAAACCUGGUCAAUCCUUCAAAUACUGCGUGGAGGAACAGGAACACGAAGACAAAAUCCCCAUCGCAUUGACUGGCGUCCCUCCAUUCUCCGUUGAAGUGGAAAUUAAGCAUCAGUCCGGAUCGGCGCCGGAUACUUACCGAAUUGCCUCCAUCAAUUCUAACUCAUACUCGAUGCCUAUCCCACGAGAGCACUUACGCCUUGGAGCGCAGCAACUCCGCAUAAGGCGCGUCCGAGAUGCGAAAGGAUGUCAGCAAAAGUACGAUGUUAAUGGACCAUCGAUUCAAGUGCAGCUCUUUGAUGCCCCUUCCAUCUAUCCGCUAGAGUCUCGCGAAGACUUUUGUGUCGGUGAAAGAAUCGCGUACACACUCUCAGGAACGCCGCCGUUCGAUAUCACAUACGACUUUAAUGGCCGAUGGAAUGCUAAAUCACAGACUACCAACUUCCGCCGUGUGGCAGAGAAACCUGGCGAUUUCAUCAUUACUAGCAUUUCGGAUAAGGCUAGCGAAUGCCGUGCAGCAGUCAAUAUGCAUAAGAAGAUCCAUCCUCUCCCUAGCGUCCAGAUCAGUCGUGGAAAGCAAUCUCGCGUUGAUAUUCAUGAGGGCAAUGAAGUCGACAUUUUGUUCGAGUUUUGGGGGACACCUCCCUUUGAGUUCACGUACACAAGAAGUACCAAUGCCAAAAAGGGACAUAAAAGUGUUGUCUUGGAUAGAAGACAUGAUAUCUCGUACGAGCACAGCAAGGUUAUCAAAGCCAGCCAAGAGGGCACGUACGAAGUGGUGGCGAUCAAAGACAAGUACUGCUCGUUCUCGACGGAGCAGGUUUCUGAGAAGCAGGACGGGUGA